AUGUAUGGAACACCAGUCAAUGCCUUCACUCUCAAGCCACCAACCCUGUUGGCCAACUGGUUUGAAGAGACGUUGCCCUUGCAGGACAAGAUGGUCGAGUUUACAGAGAAGCGAGAGGCAACGCGAGAACAGUACCAGAGAAAAACUGGCCAGGGUCUUCCCAUGGCCUGGACGGCGCUGUGGACUCACUCUGAGCAAGCCAACCGACCCAUUGACAUCCCGCCCCUGGAGCUUCUGAAGCAGAAGGAGGCCCAGCUCCAACAACAGAGACAGUAUCUGCAAGAGCAAGAGCGGCGGCUAUUCAUGCGCAAUCUCAAGCACUACGACCAGUACCCAAAGUUCAAAAAGUGGGUUGCGAAGGAGCGGGACAAGCUCCAGAGUCCACAGCCCAUCGCGGUAUCUCCUGGGCCCGAGACCGAGCCAGUGGGUGCCCCAUCUGCAACCUCAGCCCCACAGCGCAUCUGGGUCCGUCGUGGGAUCAAGCUGCCCUAUGCAGCCGAGGCCACGGCUGCAGCGACAGCCCAUCAGCCUCCUCCGGCUCGGUCCAAGUGCAUGCACCAUCUCUACUAUGAGCCCGCGCCGUCUUUCAUCGACGCUGGCCGCGAGAAACUGGCGUUCACACAAAGCACUCCACCCGGACCAGCCGGUGCGAGCGCAGGACAGAGCAGUUUGUCCAAACCGAGUCCGGGCAACGUCUCUGCAGGUUCGGCCGUGGCGGAGCAGGCCACCACUCACUCGCCAUCCAAGCGCCAGGAGCGGCCGAGAUGUGACAGCUAUGCCGCGGACUCUACUCUGCAUGACGGUCGUCCGCUUCGGUUUGGAGACUGUAUCCAGUUGCAAAACCUCGACACAGGCAUCCUGACUUUUGAUGUUUGGACAAAGAUCUUUGCUCCUUCGGGAGUGUUUCCCACUGUCGAACGACAGCGGUUGAUGGACACUUACGGCAAGUUUGAGUUUGUGGCCUUUGCCGGAGCCGAGUCCCUCGGCAGUAUAUCCAGGACGGUCUUUCAGAUCACAAGACCCCACAACGACCGUGACGAAUGUCUUGGCGAUGAUGUUUUGUACUUUGGCCAACCCUUUCGGCUGCUCACCCUCCCUGGAAGGUUUGAGCGGCAGUACGCUGUCAAGACAUCUCCCACCACCGUCUCCAACUUUUCGAUCUAUGGCGGGCAUCAGUCUGUGACACUCUCGGACGACAUCAAUGCCCGGGAUACUCUCUGGAAAGUGGGCAGCCCGUUCAUCCGGUUUCCGAUGGCCGUCAACCUCCUUCCGGUGCCCUCGAGCGAGAAGGUGUAUCUCCAGAGUUGCAUGACGGGCAGAUUCAUGGAGAUCUACAAGGCCGAACGAGGGCGGUUCCUGUAUGGAGACGAGCAUCCAGUCGUGGCCAACCGCAGCAGCAGCGAUUUACCACAUGCCACAUGGGGGUUUAGGCGAAUAUAUGUCUCGGAUCUGCAGUAGUGGAGCAGUUUCCUCUCGGUUGCUCAAGCUGGCCGUGGAUGGCUGACUCAAGCACACAUCCAUAUCGAAAAAGCGGUCCAUAUCGCCAUGGAGACUUGCGACACCACCCACUCUUGGGAUGAUCGGUGCGCCCCAUGCUAUAUUUGUGUGCUGAAUUCAUAAGGUUUCCAUCGUUGCCUGCGGUGUCGGUCUGGGCGUAUGUGCAGAGUCGCUGUCGAGGUGUGGGCUUGCACAAUGUACUCAUCGCAAUCUGCACUCGCACAGAGGUUGAGCGGUGCUACUUGGAAUCGUCAUAGUCGCGAGAAAACAUGAUGCUUCGGUUGAGAUAUUGCCGAACGUUGCCGGUGAAGGGGAUGAGCC